AUGGAGAAGCUUGAGGAAUGCAAGCACUACGACAAAGAUAACAGAUAUAUGGCAGCAACUGAUUUAUGCGCAGAAAUCAUGAAGACUAAUGUGCAGUUGGAAGAAGGAAUGGAGAAGCGUAUUUGUUCAGCCUUCAUUUCCCAUUUGGACGACAAAUCUUUAGACGUUCAGGGUAACGCAGUCAAGUGCAUUCAAAAAAUUGCCCAGAGAAUUAGAGAGAAGAACUUGGUAAUGAUUGUUGAGAAGAUGGCUGAGAGAGUAGUUGAAGGUGAAAAAGAGACUAGAGAUAUAUAUUCAUUAGCUAUCAGAAGCAUUAUUAGUGAAAUUAAUGAAGACUAUGCCAAACCUAUGAUUAACGCAGUUCACCCCAGAUUGAUGAAAGGUCUAGGUUCUACAGAUGAAGUAAGAGAGGAGUGUUUAGAUAUACUGGCAGAGAUCUUUAAGAGAUUCGGCUCUCUGAUUCUUAAAAAUCAAACAAGUGUUAACAAAGAUGAACUUAUGAGAGUUAUUCCAGAAUAACUAUAAAGAGAAAAGCUUUCCCUUAGAAAGAAAGCAACUAAUUGUCUUGGCUCUUUCUCAAUUGUUUUAACACAAAAGCAGCUAUAACUAUUAUGUUAGUUAUUGAUAGAUAGAAUAAAGAAGUCUAAGACUAAGGCAGACUCUUUUACACUUCUUUAAUGUUUUGGUCAGAUGGCUAGAACAGUUGGCAGCAAAGUAGCCUAAUAUCUUAGUGAUAUUUUCCCACUUCUUUGUCAUUCUGCUCAAACUUUAAGCAAGGAUCAAUCAAUCGACAUAGAUAAUGAAAUAGCUGAAGCUUGCUUAAGUACUUUUGAGAGUUUAGUUAGAAAGUGCCCAAGAGAUAUUGUUCCAUAUAUUGAUAAAAUCUUGGAACUAACCAUCAGCCUAAUGGCAUAUGAUCCUAAUUACACUUAUGAUGAAAAUGACGAUGCAAAUAUGAAUGAUGAUGAAGAUGAUGGAGCUGGAUGGGGUUCAGAUUUUGAAGAUGAUAAUGCUGGCAAUGAAGAUGAUGAUGACACCUCUUGGAAAGUAAGAAGAUCAGCAAUUAAGACUAUUGAAGCCAUUAUUGCUUCUAGGCCAGAACUUCUGAGAUUGUUUUACGAUAGAUAUGCUAAAGCCAUUGUUCAAAGAUUCAAGGAAAGAGAUGAUAAUGUCAAGUGCAAUGUCCUUGAAGCAUUCUAAUAAUUAUUGAAGUCGACAUCUGCAGCAUCAGGCGCUUAACUCUCCAGUUCAGUUGAGUUGGAAUUAAGACAUCAACCAUCACUUGAGAGAACCAAGUCAAGCACUGACGCUCUUGGCAACUUAGUCCCAUUGAUUAUUGAUGGACUAAUCAAACAAUUGAAAUCAAAGAACUUGAAAGUUAGAAUCUCUGUUAUGCACACUUUAGCUCAAUUAGCUUAAGCUCUGAACAGUAAUCUUGAACCAUAUUUCGAUAGAAUGCUUCCAGAAUUCGAAAAAUCUAUGAAUGAAAGCUAAGGUUAUGAUCUUAUUCUCGAUACUCUAAAUAUUCUCAGAAGACUUUUUAGAGGUAGCGGGAGCUAUCAUAGCUACCAAACUAACUUUAGGAGAAUUGAGGUGAUCAUUCAAUAAGCUCUUAACCAUGAAUAUUCAAAGGUCGUAUCAGAAGGUCUUAGAGUUGCAGGCCAAUUCGUUUAUGUAUUAAAGAGUGCUCAAGGUACAAUCGACCCAUCAUAUCAAUCAGUUGUUCCAACUUUGUAUAAUGGAAUAAGGGAAAAGUUGGUUAAGACUGAUAUUGAUUAAGAAGUGAAGUAAUGCUCAAUCAUCGCAAUUGCUAAUUUCUUGACAAUCUGCCACAAUUAAUUAAAUGCCUCAUAAAUCCAGGAGAUCAUCUCAGUCUAUAAUGAUCGUUUACAAAAUGACUUGACUAGAGAUGCCACCCUCAAAGCAAUCACCAAAAUCGCUUAAAAUCAAGGUGGAUAAUUAAUUAAUCUUUCCAAUCUUGGUGGUUUAAUGCCAAGAUUAUUCGAUCUAUUGCACAAAGCCUAAAGAACAAUUCAUUUGAAUACUCUAGAAGCUUUGAUUGCUAUUGUGAGCAGAUAUGGAAAUCAGUUUUCUGCUUAAGCUGGAAACAUUAUGAAAGAAAUAGCUCCAUUUAUCAAUGACGAAGAUCUAUAAGCUGCUUCUUUAGCACUUAAAUUAGCAAGCAUUACCCUUUAAAUAGAUAGCAACUCUAACGAAGUUCAAACAUUAGUUGGAAGAGCAUGCAAUCUUGCAAAGUCCCCUCUUAUUUCUGGUUCAUCCUUGAAUGAUCUUUUGGCUUUCUUCGGAUCUGCUGGUCAAAAAUCAGCUGUUAAAGAUGCGACAAUCGGCCAGCUAUUAGAAUAUGUUACAAUUAAGACUCAAUCAGCAGCAAGCGUUGUAGCUCAAAUAGCAGUAAAUGGAGCAAACAAAAACUCUUUCUAAUAAGAAUUCCUUGCUAAAAUUCAAGGCCAAGGAAAUGAUAACCUUAUUAGGGGAGCUCUCUGCCUUGGAGAGUUUGGAAAACUCGUUGAUUUAUCAGGAGUGCCUUAAUUGAUAGAUAAAGUUUCAGCUUUGUUCAAGAAUUCAAAUGAGGAUGUUAAAACUGCAGCUUCAAUAUGCCUUGGUAAUAUCUCAAUCGGAAACCCAGAUUUCUUCUUACAAAGAGUAUUUAAUCUUGUAGAUUAAUCUAAUGCUCAAGAAAAGUACUUGUUUUUGAACACUAUCAGAGAAAUUAUCAUUCACAACAGCAAAUGUCUGCAACUCUAUCUUUAGAAACUCAUGCCAUUACUAAUUGAGCACAGCAAGAGUGAAGAUGAGCAAAUUAGAAACGUAGUUGCUGAGUCAAUUGGAAGACUGUUCAUUAUCUACUCAAGAUAUAUUGGAAACGACCUUGAGCAAUCUUUCAAGUCUUCCAAUCCAUAUGAAAAGGCAACCAUUGUGAAAUCCUUUAAGUAUGCUGCUUCUAAGGAAACAGAUUCCAUUGAUUUGGAGAAUUCUAUUGAAUAUCUUUUGAAAGCAAUUUAAGACUUCGACAUCAACGUGAGAAGAAAUGCACUUGAAUCCUUGAAUGCUAUUGUUCACAAUCAACCUCAAGUUGUCAGAAGUGACAUUGAGAAGCUUCAUAAAAUGGUUGUAGUUGAGACUUAGAUCAGACCAGAACUCAUCACUGAAGUCGAUCUUGGUCCAUUCAAGCACAAAGUCGAUGAAGGUAUUCCAAUCAGAAAAGCUGCUUAUAGUUUGUUCGAUACCAUGGUCGAGAAGAUUCCAGAUAGAUCUGAUUGUAAUCAUAUAACUGAAAUCGCCAUCAAGGGUCUCGAUGACACUGCCGAGGAAUGCAUGAUAAUCUGUCUCCACCUUUUGGGUAGACUUAUCAGUUGGGCUCCUGCUAUAGUAGCAAGCAACAUGGAUCUUUUAGUAGAGUCUUUUGAGAAGCAAUUCUAAAAGAAUGCCAAACUAAGUGGGCAGGCCUAGGGAUCAGACAAAGCCCAAAACAUCAUGAGAGCUUUGAUGAGAGUAGUUGAGCAAUUGCAAAGAACUAGUGAGGUAGAAGGAGUAAGCAAAUUCAACGAUUUCUUCAAGGCCUAUGUCCUAGAAAACGCAGCCAAUAAGGCCUUAUUCGAAAAGAUAGCAGCGACCGCCUCCCAAGCUAUAUUCGAACACUUCUGA